AGGUCACGUCAAAAGCCUCGCGUCUGAUUGGCUGCUCUUACCCUGAUAUAAAACUGGUCUGGUCGCAUCUACGCUCUUUUUUCCUUGUUUCGUCGCCAAGGACAAGCCGCCUCUCCGGUGUCCCAUCCCGUCCUCCUUGUAAAAACACACCACAUUCACCACUUCGAUAAAUCAUAACAGGAACAAAAUGUCUAAAGGACCAGCAGUUGGUAUCGAUCUCGGGACCACAUACUCUUGUGUUGGAGUCUUCCAACAUGGGAAAGUCGAAAUCAUUGCUAAUGACCAGGGUAACAGAACAACACCAAGCUAUGUGGCCUUCACUGACAGCGAAAGGCUGAUUGGUGAUGCAGCCAAAAACCAGGUGGCAAUGAACCCAACUAAUACAGUUUUUGAUGCUAAACGAUUGAUUGGCCGCAGGUUUGAUGAGUCUGUUGUACAGUCAGACAUGAAACACUGGCCCUUCAUUGUUGUUGAUGACAACACUCGCCCAAAGGUUCAAGUUGAAUACAAGGGUGAGACUAAAUGCUUUUACCCGGAAGAGAUCUCAUCAAUGGUGCUGACAAAAAUGAAGGAGAUUGCUGAAGCUUAUCUUGGAAAAUCUGUUCACAAUGCUGUAAUAACGGUACCUGCCUACUUCAACGAUUCCCAGCGCCAGGCCACAAAAGAUGCUGGUACCAUCUCGGGGCUAAAUGUUUUGCGUAUUAUCAACGAACCAACUGCAGCUGCUAUUGCAUAUGGUUUGGACAAAAAAGUUGGAGCUGAGAGAAAUGUGCUCAUCUUUGACCUUGGUGGUGGCACCUUCGAUGUGUCCAUUUUGACAAUUGAAGAUGGAAUCUUUGAGGUCAAGUCAACUGCUGGUGAUACUCAUCUUGGUGGAGAAGACUUUGACAACCGCAUGGUUAACCACUUCAUUGCGGAGUUCAAGCGCAAGUACAAGAAAGACAUUAGUGACAACAAGAGGGCUGUCCGUCGUCUUCGCACAGCAUGCGAGAGGGCGAAGCGUACCCUGUCUUCCAGCACUCAAGCCAGCAUUGAAAUCGACUCCCUGUACGAGGGAGUUGAUUUCUAUACCUCCAUCACUCGAGCUCGCUUCGAGGAGCUUAAUGCUGACCUCUUCCGUGGCACUUUGGAUCCAGUGGAGAAAUCACUCCGUGAUGCUAAAAUGGACAAAGGGCUGAUUCAUGAUAUUGUCUUGGUUGGUGGCUCCACUCGCAUCCCCAAGAUCCAGAAGCUUCUCCAGGACUUUUUCAAUGGCAAAGAGCUGAACAAGAGCAUCAACCCAGACGAAGCUGUUGCCUAUGGCGCGGCUGUCCAGGCGGCCAUCCUGUCAGGUGACAAGUCUGAGAAUGUCCAGGACUUACUGCUUCUGGAUGUCACCCCUCUAUCUCUGGGCAUUGAGACAGCAGGAGGUGUCAUGACAGUCUUGAUCAAGCGCAACACCACCAUUCCUACAAAGCAGACGCAAACAUUCACCACUUACUCUGACAACCAGCCAGGUGUGCUCAUUCAGGUAUACGAAGGUGAGCGUGCCAUGACCAAAGAUAAUAACUUGUUGGGCAAGUUUGAGCUGACAGGCAUCCCUCCAGCCCCUCGUGGUGUUCCUCAGAUUGAGGUGACAUUCGAUAUUGAUGCCAACGGCAUCAUGAAUGUCUCUGCAGUCGACAAGAGCACUGGCAAGGAGAAUAAGAUUACCAUCACAAACGACAAAGGACGUCUCAGUAAGGACGAUAUUGAGCGCAUGGUUCGUGAAGCUGAGAAGUACAAGGAAGAGGACGAUGUCCAGCGUGACAAGGUGUCUUCUAAGAAUGGCCUGGAAUCUUAUGCUUUCAACAUGAAGUCAACUGUGGAUGAUGAAAAACUUGCUGGCAAAAUUAGUGAUGAUGACAAGAAAAAUAUAUUGGACAAAUGCAAUGAGGUUAUCAGCUGGCUUGACAAGAACCAGACUGCUGAAAAGGACGAAUAUGAGCACCAACAGAAGGAACUGGAGAAGGUGUGCAACCCCAUCAUCACCAAGCUCUACCAGAGUGCCGGGGGCAUGCCAGGUGGCUGCCAGAAGGCAUGCCCGGCGGAUUUCCAGGUGCCGGUGGGGCUGCCCCUGGUGGUGGUGGUGGAUCCUCUGGCCCAACCAUCGAGGAAGUUGACUAAACAUUCCAUCCUGAGCUAAUUCUAUACAUAAGAAAAAAGCAGCCCUCUUAUAGCCCCAUCAUGCUAAAGAGUGUAAUUGUUAACAUUUAGGGUUCAGGUUUGUUUUGGUUUGCAACAUGAUUACUGAAAGACACAAUAGUGUUUAAUGUGCAUGGAGAUUUCCUUGACAAUAAAACUUGUAAUCCUG